AUGGCGGCUCCAAACAAAAAAUAUGGUUUGUUCCUACCAAAGAACAAGAAGUCAACAGUGAAGACCACAAAUGUUUUUGAUGAUGAUAGUGAUGAUGAUUUACCAGGAAUGGCUCUGGUCAAUGCCACAAUCAAUAAAGAGGCCAACAAGUCGAAGGUCAAGAGACAGACUCAGAUAGCUAUAGAUCAGGCUCUGGAGCAAGACCCUAAUAUCUACGAGUAUGACAAAAUCUAUGACGUCAUGACGAACACUAGAUCUGAAGCUGAAGAAAGAGCCAAGGCCAAAAAGGAUAACAAGCCAAAGUAUAUUGCUGGUUUACUGAAGGCAGCAGAGAAACGCAAACUUGAGCAAGAAAAGGUUCAGGAAAAGAAGAUACAGAAGGAACGAGAGACAGAAGGAGGAGAGUUUGCAGACAAGGAGGUAUUUGUAACUGGGAAAUACAAAGAGAAACUACAAGAAAUGGAAAGAGAGGCUGAAAGGGAGAGGAGAGAAGCUGCCAUGGAGGAACUUCUUGAUGUGAAGAAACAGAAAGACAUGAGUGGAUUUUACCGAUAUUUACUGAAUGAAAAAACAGGACAAAGUAUUCACAAUGGAGAUCCAUCUGCUACAAUGGUGAAAACAGAGCCUGAGACUGAAGCAGAUAUAAGUCGGGUGAAAACAGAGCCAGUUGACAAAGGUGCAAUAUCAAACAGAACCAAACACAGCUCAUCAUCCAGUUCAUCUAGUGACUCAUCUGACUCGGAAGAAACAGAUACAAGACAUACUAAGUUAUCUAAAGGAAGGAAUCAGAAAUCAAGGUCACCAAAAAGGAGAGAUAGAUCAAGGUCACCAAUGAGGAGACAAAGGUCAAGGUCAAGAGACAGAAGAAGGUCAAGGUCACCAUAUUUAUCCCAUAGAGACAGAGAAAAUAAAAGAAGUUAUGAUAGUGCCAGUCAGCACAGACGCUCACGAAGGUCAAGGUCAAAUGACCGUCAUUCUGAUAAAUAUUUGCAAAGGGACAGGAAAAAGCGUUCAUCGUCCAAAGAUAGGAUAAGUAAAUCAUCAGAACAGUCAGUUUCUAAUGAUAUAAAGACUAAAGACAAAAGGCCAAGAUCAAAGGAGAGAUAUACAGAAAGACAGGAAGAAAGAGACAUUAAAAACACUGAACAAUCAAAGGAGUCUGGCAAAUCAGAAAAAGUGAAUAGUGAAUCAGAAAUGAAGUCAAAGUACGCCAAACAUACCACCGAUAAAAGUUAUAGUGAUGCUAAAGCACGGUACCUGGCCAGACAAAUAGCGAAGUCAAAGGCGAGACCACAGACAGAUACAUCAGGAGCUAGUUAACUAAAUGUACACCUUAGGAGUUAACUGGUUAUAGAUAUCCCAGGAGUUAACUGGUUAUAGAUAUCCCAGGAGUUAACUGGUUAUAGAUAUCCCAAGAGUUAACUGGUUAUAGAUUUCCCAGGAGCUAACUGGUUAUAGAUUUGCCAGGAGUUAACUGGUUAUAUAUAUCCCAGGAGUUAACUGGUUAUAUAUAUCCCAGGAGUUAACUGGUUAUAGAUUUCCCAGGAGCUAACUGGUUAUAGAUAUCCCAGGAGCUAUCUGGUUAUAUAUAUCCCAGGAGUGAACUGGCUAUAGAUAUCCCAGGAGCUAACUGGUUAUAUAUCCCAGGAGUUA